AUGACCUCAUUGUAUGAUAUAAAAGGUGCCGUGAGGAAACCCGAUGCAGAACUAAUGCCCCUAAACAGCUUCAAGAUGAAGUCUUUUUUGCCAACUUUAUUCCUUCACUAUCUGUGUGCAGCUGGCGUCCCUGAUCAACAAGCAGAAGAACACACCACUGAACUUACUGGAAUGGCGUCACCUUGUGCCCCUGAUGAGAAAACACUGAACCAGAAAAACUAUUUUGAACUGCUUGCCACUGUAAAAGAACUAGAGAACAAACUAAUGAACACAGCAAAGCAGUUAGAAAACCUGCAGUCACAGAUUCAAGGUAACCAAGUAGCGUUUGGAGCAUCUAUCAGCAAUGUUGGACAUACUGGACCCUUCAAUACAGGGAUCACAUUGAUCUACAAGAAAGUCUAUGUAAAUACUGGUUCAUAUAACCCUGCAACAGGUAUGUUCACAGCUCCAGUCAAAGGUGUCUACUAUUUCAGCUUCUCUGGCCAUAACGUAUCAUCUAAAUCAAUGGGGCUGCAGCUGAUGAAGAAUGGAGAGCAAAUGGUCACGGUGUUUAACCACCCUGCUGGAAACCGAUACGAAACUGCAACCAAUGGCAUGACUCUGCUGCUUGAAGAAAGAGACCAGGUGUACAUGAGACUACAACCGGACACUUGGAUUUAUGACAAUUCAAAUGACGUCAGCACCUUUAAUGGCCAUUUGCUGUUCCGUUUGUAAGUGCGGGAUGGCAGGAUAAAAAAAUAAAAAAAAACAUCAAACUAGCUGGUGAAGACAGAUAUUUGAAUAAAUAUCCCAAUACAUUUAUGUCUAUGAUAUAUAAAAAAUUAAUCUGAUGCAAAGAUUGAUUAACAGAUUUGAUACAAUAUGCAACAUAUCUUUAUUGUAAAAUCACUAUUUUUUUAUUUCAUAGCCUAAAAAAAUGUCAAUUCAAGUUGGCAUAUAUGCUCAACAUUACGGUACCCACAAAUGUUCAAUUAGAAAAUAAAUUUUCCACUAAAGUAUCUAAAAUGGAGAUAGACCUCACCGCUAAACGCGAAUAAGAAACAAAUAAAAUUUGUUUAACCUGGUUAGGGUUGUAAAGUGAUCACAGUGAGGGCAUAAAUAUAUUGUUUUUACAAAGUGACCAUUCCUUUCAUUAACAACCUUCCAAAAUCCACAGGCUCAGUGGACACAUGGGGUCAUCUGACUCUCCACAUGUUAACUACUAACUUCUGCCCAGUCGGUGUUGCUAUGAAAAGCACAGACAGCAGAAAAGUUGCAGUGUCAUUUAGGGAACAAGAUGGACGAACACUACUUGGUAUUGGUAUCAUCCAACUUCUUUAUUCUUUUUCUGCUGGGGUCAGGCUGAAUGUGCCUGCUGUCGUGCGUGUAUCAGUUCAUGUGAUAAAGCGGUUUUUGGGUGACACAGGCCGAAGCUGUAAAUCGGAGGAUGUUUCCAACACAGCGUGUCAGCAGUG